CGGUCUUUCCACGUGAAAUGGGCUCCUCCUUCCAAUCCUAGGCCUUCAAUUCGUUUGAAAUUACGCAGUAUAGUCACUGCACGGAACUAAGUGGUGUAAUUCACCCACAGCAAACGGAUUUCCAAGGCAGUCGCGGUGACCACAUGCCUUACGGUCUCUGGGAAAUCCUCAUCACUUCCUCCCCGUUGUCUAUUUAAGAAGCUGUUCCUCCCACUUCUCUUCAACUUCUCCUCGUCACAACUCACAUCAACUCACUCAUCCACUACAAUCCCAACAGCUUCAAAGCAAUCAGCCAACUUUGUCAAACUUCCUCCAUCGCCAACCAACUUCCUCCACCACCAACCAAUUACCUCAACUCUCAACAGUCAUCAUGUCUGCUCCUACCAACACCAACACUGGCACUAGUGCCCCGGACGCCGACCCUGCGGCUGCCCCCCAUCAGCCCGCCUCACCGGCCCCGAUGAACCUUGCGCCCAACCCUGACCAGUCUGCUGACAUUGACAAUAAACUGGACACCCCCGAGGCUCCCCUGGCUUCCCCGGGCAAGCCUGGCGAGAAGGCAGCUGAGGCACCCAAGAAAUAGGUGCUGGCUUGCCUCACACAUCUUCUCAUCAAGUGCA